AUGAUUACCAACGGGGCACUGGGUGACGGGACAAUCGAUCCGCUUGUUCUCCGCCUCGAGCCCCAGGAGUACAGCAUCAGCGCUUCAGAUAUGAACCCCAUGCCCCAGGCGGGCUUACACGCGCACUCGUUGCAGCAGGAUCUUGAGCAUCAGGACGACCAGGGUGCCGAAGCUGCAACAUCCUAUCACCAUUCUGAUAGCGGUUCUUAUGUCCAGGGGUAUGACUUGCAACCGGUGGAUGUGUGGGCUCAGCAAGGGACCUGCAGCGACCUGAUUAGCGGCUCCCUGCCCAACUACACGGAUGCCUUUCUCGCCGCGCUGGAACACGACGGUGCCAAGGGCUGGAAGUUCCCAGAGUAUUACAUGCCUUGGGAUGGGCAGCUGCAUAGAGCUCCCAAUGGGCUGUAUUACUGUCCUGAGUAUGCGUGCGCGAAUAGGCCUGGAGAUGAGUUUAGCAGGGAUCUCCGACGACAUGCCAAAGGUCACUUCAGGCCAAUCGCUUGCCCUGUGUGUUGCUACCGGUCGAUCGAGCAGAAGGAGAUGAAGCGCCAUUUUCACGAAGUGCACGCUCAAAACCUGCCGCAACACGUGUGCCCCCAUCCGGGCUGUGGUCUGAACUACAAGCGUCUCUCCUCGGUGAGGCGACACGUUCAUGAGCGACACCCGGGCCUGGGCUACAAUGUCUAG